CCGAUCGAUACUCUAGUGAAAAAUAUUCCAUCCGUGAUUUUCUCUCUCUCUCAAUUCCGGAAUUAUUAUUUGAUGGAUACUUACGGAUGCGCUAAGAACGUGAUGGAGAGCCGCCAUCAUCAUCGACAUCAGCAUCAGCGACGUCAAGACGCCAAAUUGCCAGAUUACGUUCAGACAGUCGUCGUUAAAGACUCGAAAGGAUUGGAGAAAAUUCUGUUGUUGCCCAAAGCGCUGGAUUUGGAUCGUCCCAAACGCAGCCGGACGGCCUUCGCCAAAUGGCAGCUGGAUGCCCUAGAAACGACUUUCUGCUCUCAUCCGUACCUGGUGGGCGAACAAAGGACUUUGCUGGCCAGACGUCUAGGCCUCUCUGAAACCCAAAUCAAAGUCUGGUACCAAAAUCGGCGGACUAAACAGCGGAAAGAAGGUCAUCCGGCCGGAAGUGAAGAUCAGCCACCGCAGCAGAUCAGAGGAGAAAUGUUAUUAAGCGACGACCAGUUGCGUCAUCAGUCGUCGUCGGUAUUAGCCCCGCCGGAAUCGAGCGGAUCACCUCCCGAGAUGAAAUGGCCUCAACAACUUCAACAACAACAACAACAACAACAACAACAUCAGGCGAUGAGUGCGGAUUUUUUCGGCCAGGCUUUCCAGCAUUAUCAUCCGGCCAUGUACCAUCAGCUGAUUCAAUCUUAUUCAUCUCAUCAUCACGCCAUCGCUUCCGGCGCCGGAAGCGUCGCGAAUGCUGCCGGAGGAGGUCAUUCCAAUAGCGCAAAUUCCGCCGCUUCCGCCGGAGUGUCAUCCGCCGACCGGAGCCAUCACCAAAUACAUCGAGUCUACUAACUUAAGAAAUAAUAAAAACUUAAAAAUUUCCUUUUUAUCCAAUUUGUACUAACACGGGUAGCGCAUAAUAAUUAAUCCAAAUCAAAACUUAUGUUUAAAUCCUUUCUACAAAGUUAGUCGGUUUUUGGAAAAAGUGAUUUUGAUUGAUUGAAACUCUCGUCUUU